AUGGCGACUCUUAAAAUCAUUUCACUCGCCGCUGCCUCUGCGCUCCUGAUGGCCAAAGUAGCACAGGGAGAUGCAGAGCAAGGUGGAGGCCCAGAUGGGGAAGGAUCGACUACCUACACAGUAGAUCUUGGCAAACCUGGUGUGUGCCUUGCCGAAAUUAACGCUGCCCGUGGGGGCGCUGGACUAGCACACUUCUUGGCGGACGAGGAAGGCUUAAAAACAUGGCCUACCACUGGUGCAGAGGCACUCAACGGAGAAGCUAAGCCAUGGGAUCCUGUUUGCGCUGCUCUGCUAAAAAAAGAAGAAGAAAUCACGGUACAACAGGGUUCCGAAGGAAGUGGCUUUCCAAGCGGCACAUACGCCUUCAUGGCAUUGGAUACAGCAGAGGCGGACUGCGCUGCCGCAGUGAGUUACUGGAAGGAAGCCGCCAGCAACUUCACCUCCCUUCCUCCAUCGAAGACUGACGGAGCAGAACUCUACGAGAAACAGCAUAACGCUUCUUUUAUUGCCUUGUACAACCCUUCGGACAAAGCCACGGCUGACUGCCGAAUAGUCACCUGCACUCAAAGCGCAAGUUUAACUCCCACAGUAUUCAGCUCCCGGAGCGGUGCGGGUGAACAGAAAGGCUAUGCUCUACUGUGCAUGACCACACCUGAUGCACUUGAAGACAACGAAGCUCCCUUCACCGAAGAGCAGUGGAACAAGAUCAAGGCAUCCCUCACAGGCUCUGCCCCUGCAGUUGCCCCGAGUCUGCUCGUCUUUGCUGUUGCGGCCCUUGGCGUGUUGUUCCUUUAA